AUGACAUCGAAACCCAAAAAGUAUGAAUUCGUAGGCUUAUCUUCUAGGUCUCGAAGUGGUUGUUUGAACUGUAAAAAGAAGAAGAAGAAAUGUGAUGAAGUGAAACCAAGAUGUGGUUUGUGCACGGCUUCGAAAGCUUUGGAAUGUGUCUGGGGAGAUCGCAAGAGUAAAGGUCAUGGUAUGGACGGAUCUACAAGAAAGGUUAAGUCUUCAAGUAAUCAGCCUUUAGUGGUACUAAGGACCCCAAAUUCAUCGACAUUUGAAUCAGAAUCGCCAACGACUCCAUUGACACCCUAUAAGAAUUUCACCGAUGCCAGUCACUUGAGUGCAGAAAAAUCGCUAGCGGUGACUUCAAGAGGUUGUACUAUCAAUGUAUGUACGGAAAAGGAGAAAACUUAUUUAGAAAAGUAUCUAAAAGUUGCUGAGACAAUGUCGAUAAUUGGAACAGAAGGUAACUGUUACUUAACAAUAUUCUUUCCGCUCGCUAAAGAGAGUGAAUGUGUACUAAAAGCAUUACUUUUAUGGGGAGGGAUGUCUAUGGGAGGAUCCAAUGAAAUCAUAUGUAGAAAAGUAGACCUAAACGUAGCGAUCCUGUUGAUUGACCGAUUGACAGACUCUAUCCAUAACAGUAAAUUCGAUAAUAACAGAGUACGCUUAUCGCAUUGUCUUGCAGCUACCUUGAUAUUAUUGGAUGCUGAAGUACAGAGUGGAGAUAUCAAGAAUUGGAAACUAUUAUAUGAAAAAGCUUUCCAAAUACUAAAAUCCAUGGGCUUGUAUGAUGAUAUUUUGGAUCCCAUCAAAGUCCAAGCGAUAUCACCUGUAGAAAGAUGGUUGUGUAUUAAUUUUCUACAUCACGACAUACUAACAUCACAAGUGAAUGUCACUGGAACUGCAGUACCGUCUUCUGUCGGCUUACAGUUCAAGGGAUGUGAUACACUAGAAGGAUGUUUAAAACCGUGUUUCCUGUUGUUGAAUGAAGCCAUAAAUUUAAGGAUAGAAGCCAAAAAGAGCUAUAAACUUCUAGAAACUCCAGGCAAAAUACAAAAUCAUAGAACAACACAAGAAUUAAAUCAGCUAGAGGCCAAGAUAUCGGACUUAGAGAAUAAAUUGAUCCAAACUAGUCCUAGGCCUGAGGAUUUGUUAGAAAUUCCUAAAAAGUAUAUGGAGCUUCAUUUAUCACUAUAUGAGCUCUUUCAAUUUUCAAUUCAGAUUUAUCUUAGACUCGCAAUUAGAAGGUAUAGCCCCAAUGUGCCUGAGAUUCAAGUAUUUCUCUACAAAAAUAUUAAUCUACUAAUCUUCCUUAUUUCAUCAAAUGUGAAAUCGGCCAUGAAGUUCCCUUUUUUAAUAGCAGGUAUUAGUUGCAUUCAUGAAUGCGAUAAAGUUAAAAUAAUGAAUCUAUUAAAUGAAUAUGAAAGAAAUCUAGAUCAUAAAAAUAUCGGAUUAAUCAAAAAGUUGAUUCAAGAAGUUUGGAGGUUAGAUCCGAAUGGUGACUUAUGUUUGGAUUGGCAAGACAUUGCAAGCGGAUUUGGGUGGGAUCUUUGCCUAUCAUAA